ACUGUUUAGAAAUUUUAGAGAGAGAGGAAAAGUGUUCUCUUAAAAUAGGAAAAAAAUCGGGUUGGCUUCGCCCAGCUAGCUCGCUGGCCGGGUUCCUGAGGGGCGGAGCUGAGGCAAAGGUCACAAGAGGAGGGGAGAGCCCGGGGAGGGGCAGGAGCAGAGCAGAGCAAUUUUGAGAAGGAGGAGUUGGGAGAGAAGUUGGAGGUAGAAGUAGGAGGCAGGAGUUGCGGCGGCGGCGGCUGCAGCCAUGGGGCUCCGCGCUGCUCUGUUUGAUCUUGGCGGAGUACUAGUGCGUCCCUCCGCGAACGUCAUCUUCAGCCAGGCCGAGGAAGACUUGGCUCUGCCCAGGGGCUUUUUAAAUAAAGUUAUCACUCAAGGAGGCCUUGAGAGUCCCUAUCUUCACCUCAUGAAAGGAGAGAUCACAUUUUUGCAGUGGGUCCCUCUCAUGGAAGAAGAUUGUAGGAAACUUGCUGCAGCUUCCAAGUUCUGCCUCCCAGAGCAAUUCUCUAUACAGAAAAUCUUUGAAGAUAUGAUUUCAAAAGGAAAGAUCAAUUACCCUAUGCUGCGGGCUGCCAUCACUUUGAGAAAUAAGGGAUAUAAAACCUGCAUCCUUACCAACAACUGGGUAGAUGAUGGCCCCCAGAGAGAUGUUGUUGCUCAGUUGAUGUGUACCCUAAGCAAGCAUUUUGACCUAGUUAUAGAAUCAUGCCGAAUUGGAAUGGUCAAGCCAGACCCGGAGAUUUAUAAAUUUGCCCUGGAGGCUUUGAAGGUGGGCCCACAUGAGGCUGUUUUCUUAGAUGAUAUUGGGGCCAAUCUCAAGAAAGCUCGUGAACUAGGAAUGGUCACCAUUCUUGCCCAAGAUACUGACAUGGCCCUGAAGGAAUUGGAAAAAUCAACUGGCAUUCAGUUUCUCAACCACAGUGUGGAACGCCCUAUAGCAGUACAGCCAAACAAUGUUGCCCAUGGAUAUGUUGAAGUCAAGGGAGUAGCAGAGGCUGAACUGGAGCAGGACCUGACCCGGACAUUCAAAAGCAUUUUUAAAGGAAGUGAUGAGAAAAUGGAUUCCAUAUCUACAAAACAUAUUGAAAAUGGAAUUCUGAAAAAUGUCAAGGAUCCUUUUCUGAGUUGGAUGCUAACAGAGGAGGAUAUCAACUACUAUGUGCAGCAGUACAAGAAGUCUGGCUUCAGGGGUCCCUUAAACUGGUAUCGGAACUGGGACGCAAAUUGGCGGUGGAGCUGCACUGCGACCAAAAGGAGGAUCUUGAUUCCAGCCCUGCUGGUCAUAGCUGAAAAUGACAUGAUUUUAAGUCCACAGUUAAGUGAGAACAUGGAAAAGUGGGUCCCCUACCUGAAAAAGGAACGUAUUAAAAACUGUGGACACUGGACUCAAUUGGAAAGGCCAAGAGAAGUGAAUCAGAUACUCAUUAAGUGGCUGAAAGAUGUGACCAAGAAUCCUUCAGUGGUCUCUAUGCUAUAAUAUGAAGUGUGUGUGUGGGGGGAGGGGGGUCCUUCUACUCUCUCAUUACAUAUUAAAUCUAUCAAAUGAUCCACCUUCUUUAAUAUGGCAUUAGGAGAGGUUGGUGUGAUAUGCCAGAAAGGCAGUUGAGUCUCCUCCUCUUGCUAUAGCACACAUCAGAAAUUAGGAUUUCAGGUAUGGGAGGAAAAAAAAAAAGGGAUGGGAGCAAACUCAUGCAUUAUUAGUGUAUUGGACAUUCACAUUUAAUGAGCAAAGAAAGGUAGUUACUUAAAUCACUUCCAUUAACACUUUCUUCCUUAUGAUACUAAUUAAAAUUUAGGUGAUAAUUAUUAAAUAAUAAUAAUUUAAUUUUAUAAGUCAGAUUGGGAAAGAGUCAUCUUUCAUCCCCUGGCCCAGAAGUCAGAAAGUGCCAGAUUCUAGUUCUGGCUUAUUAACUGAAUGACCUUGGGCAAAUUAUUCAACCUUUAUGGAUCUCAUCCAUCCAGUGAGAGACUUGGACUCAAUGAUCUCUCUUGGUCUCUUCUAUCUCUAGAAUAAAUAUUUCAAGGCAGAAAAUUUUAAAUGGGGUGAAAUUUGUAAGAUUAGGAAACCACUAAAUAAGCAAGGUCUCCUGAGUAGUGUUGAGUUAUAAAAUCUGGGGGAGGUAAGGCUGGGGUUUCUACUUUGAUUAAGUGUUUAAUGAUGUUGCCAACUAAUUUGUUAUCAUGAUCAUUAAACAUUAUUAUCAUGUUAUCAUA